UGUGUGUGCACGGCUGAGGCAGUUGGUUUGCUCCAGUGUGUCUGAGAGCCGGGAGUGCUAUGUGGGGCUGUUAUUUAGGUCUGUUACAGCACGCUAGGAGCAGCUCACCCCGAGUGCAGAGUCGCAGCCUAGCCAGCCAGCAACCAGCGCCUCAGUUCAGACAGCGAGGGAAAGAGAAACAAGCAGCGUGAUAGAGUGACAGAGGGACGGAGGGAAAAACAUACAGAGGAAACCCUUACAAGAGCAAAACAGCAGGAUUAGGCGGCACGCAAAUCCCGAGUACAGGAAUUCCAGUGAGGGAUUUAGUGCUGUCGUAGCUGCGGGUGUUGUUAUUGUUUUUUGUUUUUUUUGCAACGUGAGCCAGUACAGAAUCUAAUAGGGAACGGGACGGAGGGAAAGUAGGUGACUGCAUUCAGAAUCGCUUUUAGUUGGAGGUGGGUGGGUGACGCACUAUGUUCGACUGUAUGGAGGCACUGGGCAUGGGUCCCCGCCAACUCUAUGAUGUCACUAACCGGGGUGCCUGUAUGCUUCGGAAGGCGAGCCCCUUCUAUGCCGGACUGGACCCUUUCGCUUGGACGGGUUCGGCCAGCGUACGUUCGGUGGAGACCCAGAGCACCAGUUCAGAGGAGAUGGUGCCCAGCUCCCCUUCUCCACCACCGCCGCCUCGUGUCUACAAGCCCUGUUUCGUCUGCCAGGACAAGUCUUCGGGGUACCACUAUGGUGUCAGUUCUUGCGAAGGGUGUAAGGGUUUCUUCCGUCGCAGUAUUCAGAAGAACAUGGUGUACACCUGCCACCGUGACAAGAACUGCCAGAUCAACAAGGUCACACGCAACCGUUGCCAGUACUGCCGGCUGCAGAAGUGCUUCGAGGUUGGCAUGUCCAAGGAAGCUGUGCGCAAUGAUCGGAAUAAGAAGAAAAUCAAAGAUGUGAAGGAUGAGGUUGUUCCACCAGAGAGCUAUGAGCUGAGUGGGGAACUGGAGGAACUGGUCAACAAAGUGAGCAAAGCACAUCAAGAGACCUUCCCCUCACUCUGCCAGCUGGGAAAAUAUACCACAAACUCAAGCUCAGACCACCGGGUCCAGCUGGACCUUGGCCUCUGGGACAAGUUCAGUGAGCUUUCCACCAAGUGCAUCAUUAAAAUUGUGGAGUUUGCCAAACGUCUGCCGGGCUUCACCACCCUCACCAUAGCAGAUCAAAUCACCCUCCUUAAGUCGGCCUGCUUGGAUAUUCUAAUGCUGCGAAUCUGCACACGAUACACACCUGAGCAGGACACAAUGACCUUUUCAGAUGGAUUGACCCUCAACCGGACGCAGAUGCACAAUGCUGGCUUUGGCCCACUUACUGACUUGGUGUUUGCCUUUGCUGGUCAGCUCCUACCCCUGGAGAUGGAUGACACGGAGACUGGCCUCCUCAGCGCCAUCUGCCUCAUUUGUGGAGACCGAAUGGACCUUGAAGAGCCUGACCGUGUAGAUCGUCUGCAGGAGCCCCUGCUGGAGGCCCUUAAGAUCUAUGCACGUCGUCGGCGACCCAAUAAGCCCCACAUGUUUCCUCGCAUGUUGAUGAAGAUCACUGAUCUGCGUGGCAUCAGCACCAAGGGAGCAGAAAGAGCCAUAACUCUAAAGAUGGAGAUCCCAGGCCCCAUGCCGCCUCUCAUCCGAGAGAUGCUGGAAAACCCAGAGGCCUUUGAGGAUCAGACCGAGUGCACAGAAAAGAAGCCAGAGCCCGAAGAGCUCACCCCUCCACCCGCUUUGCUCACUAUGAAGAAAGAGCAGGAGGACGAAGACGACAGCUGGAACACAGAGAACGGCAGUGAGCCUUCACCAGAGGAGGAAGAUGAUGAUGAUGAUGGAGAGGAGGAGAGGGACACAGACAGCGACGGAGAAGCCUGGGGUGGCCAGGAACCCAAUGUGGAUGUAUCCAGAAAGAGCCAUGGAGGAAGAGCUCAGUAAGGAGGCAUCUUCCAGGGCAAACUUAGAGCCUUACCUGUAUAGACACUCCUAACUCAGGCCACAUGGUCAACGAUGAGAGACACAUUAGUGAGGCAAUUUUAGGAAACUCGUGUAAAACCUCUUCUCAGGACCUCUCCAGCAGAGUGAGAGGGAAGGCGGAAAAGACAAAACAACAGGUUUUUCAGACAAAAUAUCUGCCGCUUUUCUAAAAACUUGUUUGUUUGCUUUGAAAAGGAGAAGCCAAAUGGACUUUAUCACCAACAACAGACUUUCAAUGGGUUCAAAAUAUUCUUUUGAGAGAAAAUACAGGACGAAAACUGAAAAUGCGAAUCUUUUUUCUGAUGUCGUUGAUGCUUUUGGAUAUCUUUUUGACUUUUUCAGAUUUGAGAUAGUUUGUUCUCUUUACAUUUUAUGAAUACGCCCAUACAUAUCUAUAUAUACCUUUACAUAUUUUUGUCCUGUAUUCUAUUUUCUUAGUUAUAUUUUGUUUGGAUAGCUUUCCUGGGCAGAGAUACAGAAAGAUAAUCGAAUUACUAAAACUGGCAAACAUCUCUGCUGAGUCUUUAUCCAGCUGCUUGGUUGGGUUCUUUGGCACUUUGGCUCAGCAUAGAUGUCAUUGAUAAUCAGUUCAGUGGCAGGGUAUCUCCCAUUGUUCCUGGCAGAUGUUCUUUUCUUUUUUUGGGGGGGGGGGGGGGGGGGAGAGAGAGAAUGCCGUUACGUAUCAGUUUUCAUUGCAUCAUAUGAUUCGCUGCCAAUUGAAUGGUGUGUCUGUGCCAAAGUUUGCAGCUUGUAGGGUUCAACUCCUGUCAGGGAGCCCAGCUCCAACAGAAACACCCACAUGACCCUGAAGUCUCUGCAUCAUACACACGAUGUCAUCCUGGACUGGUUUCAUUCAAAGUGCUCAGGCAAAAGUUAUGCGGCACUUCAGUUCAACAAAAACACGGUGAGCCCAGUACCGUUUAUGUAAUUAUGAAAUUUGACCUUAUCGUCCUAAACAACACUUCAGGAUAAGUACAGUUGAAUGGCUUUCUGAAUCAAAAUUAUGUACUGUACACACUCACAUACAGACUUGAAAAGCAUGCUUGUUAUACAUGUACUCAGAAAUCUUUUUAAAAAGAAUGAAAGCUAGAAACAUGAAAUUCAGACUCAGGGCAUCUCUGUAAGGACCAAACGCUUGCUGUCUGGCGGCAGCCUAGAAACAGGCGAUAUUUAUGUGUUACAUAUUCGAAAUCCCGCUGUCUUACAAUUGAAAAAUAUCUGCAUAUCUUAUACAGUCAUUGCAGAACUUUUAUCUUCUCUCUUCAUGAUAGAAAUAGUUUUGGUGGGUUUUUUCUGUACUAUUCUGAUCCGUUUUAUUGCCAAAAACACACAGUAUGCAAUUUGGUGGCUGUGUGCCACUGAACAUACAUUGAAAGAUUUCAGCUGUCUCAGUCCAGCGAUAUAACUAUGACCAGAAUUCAGCUGUGUGUGUAUACGUGUAUGUGUGUGUGUGUUGAAUGUGAGGAUCGCUGCACUCAAUAAGCUGUAGUGUAGUACAUUAUUAUGAAUGUCAUCACUGUGGUGCUGUCAGAGAGUGUGUGAGCUGUCAUACUGACCUCUUCUGCUUCAGAGUUGCAACACAGCCACACUAUAGCAAACGCAAACAGAAUGUUGAGAUUAACUCUGUCAUAUUUUUUAUUCUCUCAACAUGGUUAAUGUAUUGUCAGUCUUUUGUUCAUGUUCAACAAAUUCUGUUAUAUGAAAAAAGCCAUAUAAAAAAUGAGGCACAAUAAAAAAAUUUU